AUGCCCUUCCCUUUUUCCCACGUCUGCGAUCUGUUGGAGGCAUCCUACGUACUAGCAAAAGCGCGAAAGUCUAGCACCUCGGCACUUAUUGCAUGGUGUUCUCAGCAUCGCAACCUUAUCGAUGCACCAGACACAAACCUUGCAGCUCUACUGUCCACAUUACUCCCUGAAAAGAGGACGGACAGGGUGUAUUGCAUACAAGCAAACAGCCUUGAGCGCGUCAUCGGACGUGGCUUGAUGCUUGGUUCGUCCCGUCUCAAAGAACUUUCGGUUUAUAAACAACCGGGUCUUGGAUUGGAUCUUGCCGAUUGUGUAGAGCGUAUCUUGACUGUUACUCCGAACCCAACUCUUCCAGAGAGACUUCAAGUCACUGCUGAAGAAAUUGACGAGGCUUUGCAUUCCAUUGCAGCCCAAGUAAGAUGGAGCUCGCCAUCUAUACGGGUUUCAGAGGCAACCAUUGCCAAACCGCCGGCUCGGAGUGGCUUGGAAGCCGUCUAUAGACGACUGACUGCGAAAGAAGCGAAAUGGUUCACACGGUUGGUUCUGAAAGACUUUCAACCACUGGUGUUUGAUGCAUAUGAAGUUUAUCGCUUGUGCGAUCCUCUUCUGCCAUCAAUUUUGAAAAUUCGUGAAGACUUUACAAUCGCCAUCGAGACCAUGCAACGGCUGAGGAGAGAAACGCGCUCUCUAUACCCUGAUAAAUCAUGCAUUGAGCGGGAGCGAUUAUCGUCAAUCAAACCACAACUAUCCGUCAAAGGUGGUGUAAUGAGCGUCGAAGCAAAAGUGGAUGGAGAAUACUGCCAGAUCCACGUUGAUGUUAGCAAGGGUAGGCGCGGCAUUCAAAUCUUUUCCAAGAGUGGAAAAGACAGCACCGAAGAUAGAGAGCGAUUAAUCGGGAUCAUCAUUGGUUCAUUGGGAAUAGGAAAGGCUGGAUGCAAUAUCAAAACUGAGUGCAUCCUGGAAGGAGAAUUGGCUGUUUUCAGCGAAUCGCAAAAGAAAAUCCUACCCUUUCAUCAUAUUCGAAAGCACGUCGCCCGUCGUGGUCGAUUUAUGAACACAGGCCAGGACUCACCCCCGAGGCCUCAUGAGCACUUAAUGAUAGUGUACUACGAUAUUUUGCUUCUCGAUGGCCAGUCUUUGUUAAAUGUUCGGCACUCAGAAAGAUUCAAGCUACUCGAGAAACUAGUUCGUUGUGAUAAGGGACAAGCGGAACUCAUACAAAGGCAAAUUAUCAACACUAGUCAUCCCAUGGCGGUCUCGGCGCUGCGGAAUGCAUUCGCCAAAGUCAUUACAGAGAGGGGCGAGGGAUUGGUAUUAAAAUCAGACCAGCCUUAUUUCAACUUUUCGAGCGAUGGAACACCGUUUACAAACCACUGCAUUAAGCUCAAGAAAGACUACAUCGGCCGCUUUGGAGAGGUUGGCGAUUUCGCUGUGGUUGGUGCUGGAUUCAAUGCCGCCAAAGCGAGGUCCUACAAUAUUGAGAACCUCAAGUGGACUCAUUUCUAUGUUGGCUGCAUUGACAACAGAGAGGAAGUCAAAAGAUGGAAUGCGAGGCCAGAGUUUACUGUUGUCAACGUUGUUGAGCUAAAUGAGGCUAUGCUCAAGUCAUUCUCAUCGUUCACGAAUCCAAAGCCGGUACCAGUUGGAGAAAACGUCGAAACUAAACUGAAAGCUGCUGCCGGGGCUCAGCCGACGCCGAUGACUGUGGCAUUUACAAAUCCUCCCGUUUUCGACAUGAGAUGCUUCAGCUUUGACAAAGCAGGCGACACAAACUGGUGGAGCUUGCGAUUCCCGUCCGUUGCAAAGAUCCAUUUCGAUCGAGAUUUCUCCGAUGUGCUCUCAUUUACUGAGCUACAAGAAAUUGCAGAGCGCGCCACAUCAGCGCAUGAACUAGAAGAUAGUCAGGACAAUCUUUCAUGGAUCGCAAAAUUAGAGCAAGCCGAUCCAAGAGGAGUGGCUGUUGACGCCGCUACGCAGUUGACAGCAACAACGAUGCCAACACCAUCACCGCGACGAGCCUCUCACAAUUCCUCAGGCUCUCUGCCUCUGGCCAGACAUGUUACUGGGAGCUCUCUAGAACGAUCCCUUGAGUUGCUGGGUGCCCCGGUAUCCGAGUCCCACAGACUUGCUGCAUCACAGCCAUCUCCCACAACACAUCUAUCGAAAACAACCCCCAACCUUGAUCAUAAAAGGAAGCGCAUUACUUUUGCAUCGGCCUUGUUUUCUCCACCAAAGAAACGCCGUCAAUCUUCUAGAGAUGAUGAGCCCGAAUCAACAGUUCCAGAUCGCAAACCUGUAUCCGAAUCCCCCAUACGACGUCCACUGGGAGAGAUAGAUGGCAACUCUACACAGAAGCCCCAGAAAUCGGAGUUCCCUUUGACUGUCUGCCAAUCUGACAACGAAGAUUUGAACGCCUCCCCUCACUUUAAGCAGCCUCAAGCAAAAGAGACGGACACUGGCAGACAGGAGCACACUGCGAUGCAAUCAGCGGAGCUGUCAUCUUCCCAUUUGCCGUUGAAUGAUAGCGCCAUCGUCAUACCUGAUAGCGAUGAUGAGGAUGAGACUGACAGUGAUGACGCAACCCAGCCACUAACCCCUGUCCGCAGCAGCCAUGAACAGCACAGUUGCGAUGUUGGACAGGAACGGAGACCUUCAGAGCAAAGCCCUGGCCAAACUAAGACCAUCUGUCAAUAUGCCGGUCUUGAAUGCCAACUAGUAAAUCGACUUGUUCUGCUACCGUCCUAUUUUCGAAAAAUCGAUGGGGUUGAACCGUUGUUUCGAGAACACGGAUUAUCAAACAUUAUCCGAGAUGCCGAAACCUGGAUCAGAGAUGAUACAAUCGAUAGUUCUCAGCCACUAGACAGCCAAACAGGUCGUAACAAGAUUCUGUUUGUUGAUACGGUAGAGAAGGAACAAGAGACGAAGGCGCUGCUGUCUAAACUAGAGGACAUCCGUGAAAAUAUCCCAGAAGAGAGACGGGAGUGGAUAAGCGUAUUUGACUGGAGGGUGCUCAACCAUCUCGCCAUUUAUGAGGACGCAGAGACUACGAAGAAAUAUUACGAUGGAUUCCAUGAUCCGUGGCGGCGUUGGUAUUCAGGGUUGGUUUAA